AUGAUUAUUGGAGAGAGUGAUCUUUAUCAAUUAAUACAAUCAAUAAACAAGAGAUCUAUGUUUAAAACAAAGUUUGAUCUUGAGUUUAUAGAUCUAAGCCUAAAGGAUGUGCCAUUUUUUCAUGAUUUAAGAAAAUAAGUAGGAGAAACAUAAUAUUAAUAAAUAUUGCGAGAACUUUAAUAUGAAUGUCACAUACCUUAUGAACCUUAGGUUAAUAUAGGUGAUAUGAGCACAAAGUUUUACUUUAUUUUGAGUGGAAAAUUUUUAGUGUUGACUAGAAGUUAUAUCACAUAUCAAGAUAUAGUGAUGAAUGCAGAACUGUAUGAAAUAAAACUAUAUAUGAUAGGCAAAAGAUAUUAACUUAGAGAUAUUCUGAUUUGACUCCAUAAGGUUAUUUGUACCCAGGAUAGCAUUUUGGAGAAUAGGUAAUGAUGUUUGAUUAGUCACACACUUAAACAAUUUUACCUUUAGAGAAAUCUCAUUUAAUAGUGAUAAAAAGAGAUGUCUAUCGAAGAAUUAAAGGUAAUUAAAAUUAUAGAUGGUAGAUAUUUAAUCUCGAAAGUAAGAUGCAGAGAAAUUUGCAUUGUUAUCAACAGUUCCUUUAUUUAGCAAAUGGUCAGCUAAGACUUUGAGAUAGUUGUUAGGAGAUAUCAGCGAAAUUAACUUCAUUCCAAAUUAAUUAAUAUAUCAGUAAGGUGAUCCGGUUGAUGCAGUCUAUAUCAUAGUAGACGGAGAAGUGUAAUUGUUUAGAUAGUACAACAAGAAUAUUCAUCCAAUCUCAAUUCUAGGAUGUAAAGAGUGUUUUGGAGAUGAUGAAAUCUUGAGUUAAUUUAGAAGUCAUAGUGCUAAAUCUAUAAAUUGUGUGCGUCUUUAUAAAAUAUUUAGAAAUAAAUUUUUGGAUCAUAUUCCUAUACAUUGUGAAGGAAAUAAUCUUGCAAGUUUUUAAAGCUUUGCAACUUAAACUUAAGUUUUAAAUCGUCCUUUUCUCUCAAAUAACUCAACUCUGAACAAGUUUUCUCAUUAUUAAGCUUAAAAUGAAGAGUUAAGAGUUUUUAGAUCAGAAUCAUUGAAAUCAUUUAAUUCGCCAGCCAAAGUUUGGUAAAAAGUUAUGAACAAAAAAAAGGAAAAGAGCAGAACCUAUUAAACUAUUUCAUCAACUUAAUAAGUUCAUGAUUUAUUAAGGAGAAAUUACCGACAUUCCGAUGAGUCUUUGCAAGUUUAGAAAGUUUAUAAUAGUCAAUCCCCUAAAGUCAAAUUUGCAAAUACUCCUACAUAUAUAGAUGAGAUCACCAAUGAAGCUAAAAAUAGAAUACAUGCAAAUGGUAAAUAUGAUAAAACCAAUUAUCUGAUGGGUUAAAUUAAAUUGAGAUCGAUUACUCAAUCAGUUUGGAAAAAAUAACUAGAUAAAAUUAAAUGA